UGCUCUGCCACCGUUGUCUAAAUUUAGAGACAAGCCAGGAGAGGACGGGACCUGGCCAAAGCCAAACAAGACGCACUCGUAAAUCAAGCAGCCGGAGGAGACCAAGAUGGACAUAGAAUCCGAUUCGGACACCUCGGAGAGAUGGGAGGACUUUUUUGGCAGCACCACAGAGUUGGCACCCUCGCUGCUGGGCAUCUACGACACAUUGGCAGCGGCUCCCACUGCGACAUCUCACGAAUCGAAGGCCUCCAGCAGCGGCGACUCGACGCCCAAGCGGAGCAACAGCAACUGCAGCAGCAGCAGCAGCACUUCCUCGUCGACCGGCAGCUGCUCGAGUGUCCCCACCAGCGAUGACCAGUCCGCCAGCUACACGCUAGCCAAGUCGAGUUCCCAGUUGGGUGGCCACCAGGAGCACCCAGCCGCUCCAUUGGUGGUUGCGGGCCUGCGGGACGAACCGGAUGGCGCUCAGCUGAGCCGCUUGGUGGUGCAGCGGAGGAGCCAGCAGGAGUCGCAGAUCCACGGCAGCAGCAGCAGCCUCGCCUCCAGCGGCGGCAGCAGCAGUCGACGCGGCAGCAACAUCCGCAUCCUCUCGCCCAAUGUCCACAGGAUCAUCACGCACUCGGACAUCCAGCCCGUGGAGGCGGUGUCCGCGGAGGCACUGAAGCAGCAUCAGCAAUCCCAAAGGAGUCCCACCCAGGGAAGGUACAUAAAGACAGGAAAUAGUGGGGCCGGCUCACCUGCCGGUGGUGGUUCCACGCCCAAGCACAAACUAUCGCACAUACCGCUCUCCAAGAUCACUGGCAAGUUGUCCACCCAGUCGGGCAGCGAACUGGUCUCCACCUUCGAUUCCAGCAACGAGUAUCUGCACUCGGUGGCCUUUGCCGCCUUCGAGAAAACGAGCUCCAAGGCCAUGGACGAGGAUCGCACGCCGACGAACCACCCAGGCACGCCCUUCCACUUCGAGGGGAAUCCCUUCCAGAAGCGAAAACUAACCCUGCCCCGCUACGAUUCGCAGCAGAGCAUCAAGCUGAUCGAAAUGGAGCAGCUGGCGGCCACCAGUGCGCAACUGCAGCAUGCCCAGCCCGCCACUCCCGGAACUCCGGCCACGCCCACUCCUAAUACUCCAACGAUUCCCAAACCAAAGGAAUUUGUGUGCAGUGAGCCACUGAGUCCGGUGGACAUUGUGGACACCAUUAAUUUUGACCUGGUCACGCAGCACAUCGAGCGACUCACGUUGGCGGAUCCGGGAGGAGGAGGACUGGAUCCCCGGGCGGAGAUCAUAGAGGCGGUGAACAAGACGCUGGUCAGCAAGCCGCUGGUCAGAAGCUCCUCCGCCGCCUGCGCCUCCACCAUCUGCAGCUCGCCCCUGCUGACCUAUGCCCGCACCAAGAGUCUGGGCGCCAAGGCCAGCACCCUGGGCGGCGGGGUGCCCCUCAAGUUGCCCACUGCCGAGCAGCUGGCGGAGCUGGAGGAGGCCAACAAGCUGUCGGCGGAGAGUCUGGACCGGCUGACGGACAUCAAGCCCAAGUUUGCCGCCCGGCUGAGUGAGCUGGCCCGGCUGAACAACCGACCGCUGUCCUCCUCCUCCAUUUGCUCCACCUCCUCCAGCUCGAGUUCCGGAUCGGAUCAGCUGCUCAAUGGCAAGCUGACGGCCACCUCCUACUUGGCCAGCGUGGAGAGUCUGGCGGAGAGUGAGAACGAGCUGGGCGAUCCGCAUCAUCCGCCGGCGAUGAGUGUGCUGGAGAAGACCUGCCUGGAGAUCGUGGACUCGGAGCGAAGCUUCGUCGAGGAUCUGGGACAGGUGAUCAAGGGGUACCUGCUCGACUGGAAGGAGCGCGCCUGUCUGCGCGUGGACGAAUUGCAAAUACUCUUCGCCAACAUUGAAGAGAUUUACGAAUUCAACUCGAUGCUCCUGCAGCGGCUCAUCAACACGGGAAGGGAUCCCGGUAGGAUCGCCAGGUGCUUCAUCGACCUGCGCGAAGGCUUUGAUGUGUACACAACCUACUGCACAAGCUACCCGGAAGCCAUCUCGCUGCUGACCAAGUUGCUGCAGGCCACGCACACCUACUCCUUGCUGGCCUCCACGCAGAAGCUCCUCCAGCACCGCCUGCCCCUGGGAUCCUACCUGCUGAAGCCGGUGCAGCGCAUCCUCAAGUACCAUCUGCUUCUGGACAGUCUGCGCAAGCACUGUGAUGUGAAGGAGGUGGCCGAGGCCUAUGUGAUCAUGCGCCAGGUGGCGUACAACAUUGACCAGGUGAAGCGCAAGCAGGAGCAGCAGAGUCGCGUCAAAGAGCUGUCCGGCAUUCUGGACGGCUGGCUGGGACCAGAGCUCACUGUCCUGGGUGAGCUGCGUCAAGAGGGUCUGCUGAUGGAGCAGCACAACAAACAGCGCCUGGUUCUCCUAUUCGCCACCAUGCUGAUCAUCACCAAGCAAAAGGAGGACGGUCGCCUGCAGUUCAAGACCUACAUUUCGCAAAACAAUCUGAUGCUCAGCGAACACUUGCCCGGGGAGCCGACCAGCUUCUAUGUCAUCCCCUUCGACGAGCCGCGCCACCAAAUCAAGCUGACGGCCAGGAAUCGUGACCAGAAGCGCAUCUGGACGCAGCACAUCAAAGGUGUCAUGCUGGAGAAGCUGGACAUUCCGAUGCGCGCCAAGGAGCUGGUCUAUCAGCUGGGCAACGAGGAAGAUCGCACGCCGGAUCGCAGCACCUGGAAGUGGAGCCUGCACUCGGGAAGCAACUCCACGCCCACUUAUCUGGAGCGCAGGAAUGCCUGUCGGCGCAGUGAGAUUCGCCAGCGAAACUCCAAGUUCAAGCGGAAGACGGUGGCCAACUCGAGUUCCUUCGACAGCUUCAACGAGUCGCUGGAGCAGGAGGAGGAGCCGGUUGGUCAGGUGAAGCCCUCGAAGCCUCUGGCCAGGAAUAACAGCCUAGACGACACUGCUCUACAGAAACUGGCGGCUGCCAUGAGAUAUCGCAAGCGAGAUGCGGGGGGCAAGGAGGAGGUCAAGACCCCAGUGAAGGAGUCCUGUAAGUGCGGCCAGGAUGCCAAGCAGGAGGAUCAGCAGGAGGCAUGCAGCUGCAUUCUGCGGGAUCAGCGUAGUCGCAGUGCCAAGUCCCAUUCGCCCGUCUUCAGUUACAAGGCGCUUAAGGAGCGCAGCAAAUCGGUGCCGCGGAUCGGAGGCUUCAGCCUGGACGAGGAGGCCGAGAGGGAGCGGGAACAGGACGAGGACAGCGCCGCCUCCCUGAGAGGAAGUAAGCCCGAUCUCAGCGAGCGCAAGACCAAGGGCAAGGGCUUCUUCGAGGUCAAGCAGUACAACCACAAGACGAUGCCCAAGAAGAUAGCCACCCUGAAGAAGCAGCGCGGUAGCAACACCAAGAGCUGCUCCAGAUUCUACAUGGAUCUCAGCGAAUUCGAUAGCAGCAGUGCCACUGUGCUGAAGAUCACGGAAUCCACGGAGGAACUGCGUCCGGAUGGGGAGAUCGAACUGGCCCAAGAGGCGGCCACGCUGGAUGAAGGAUCCCCGACGGAUCCACAGUAUUACAGCCCGGACCAGGAGCCAGUGGAUCCCCUUUCGCCGGCGGAAAAGUCCAAGCGGGAUGCCCAGAUCGUGUUGGAUUUGCUCAAGAACAACAAGGAGUUCGAGAGGAUCUACAACAAGCAGCAGAAGAGGCGUGAGAGUCCUGUGAGUCCCGUCAGUCCCGAUGUGAGUCGUGGGUCCAUCCUGCCGCCACCACGCCCACCAUCGCGCUCUCCGCCGCCCCUGGAACUGGAGGUGGAUCAGAAAAAGCGAGUGGAGGAGGUGGUGGAUUCAAGCGGAACCCGUGAGGAACCCAUUUACGAGACCCUGCUGCGCAACGUCCAUGUGCCUUACAAAUUCUCACCUGUCCUGGGACGCGCCAAGUCCUCGCAGAUGCUGAAGAAGCGAUCCAAGGCGGCUCCAGCUGCCCCACGACCGGAAUCGGACUAUGUAACCCUCGUUUACUCGCCCGAGGGAGUGCUGCAACGCGUGGGCGAGGAGGCGGUGCACCGGGACAGCUGCAGCUCCUCCUCCUCCACCUCGACCUCGUCGAAUGGAUCGGGAUCCACGCUGAAGCGGGACAGCCAGAGCACGGUGAUCAAUCUGUCGAUGGAGGCCAUCCAGGAGCACGGCUCCCGUCCGCUGCCCAAGAACUCGGUCUCGGGAUCGGAGAGCUCGCUGCUGCCGCGGGCCCUGAAGUCCCUGGACAUGGCCUUCGGUCGCUCCAAUCGACCGCCGGAGCGCAGGGUCUCCGAUGUGAGUGAAAUGUGCCGCCAGAGCGUUCUGCACCGCCAGGGCAGCGAGGCGGUGGGCGAGCGGAUGGCCCACGUGGACUAUGCCGAUCCCAAGACUCUGUUCGGAUUGAACAACUCUGAGCGGGAUUCGGUCUUCUCGCUGACCUCCUCAUCCAGCGACAGCAUGUGCGAGCAGCAGCGCAAGAGAUCGGGAGUGGAUCCGCCAUCGGCCAGCUUCGAGUAUGAGCAGCAGGUGGAGGAUAGUCUGGAGAACGACUUCCGGGAUUCGGCCAUCUACAGCGAUGACAAUGAGAAGCGCUCGGGGGACUACGAUGUCCAUUUGCGGCGGCCCAGCAGCCCUCCUCCGCCGCCACCGCCCUUGGGACCACGUCCCCAUCAUCAUCAUCAGCCCCCUCAGAUUGCCCCAAAGCCCUCCAGGGAUCAGCUCAUACAGCAGAGGUCGGGCGUCAUCGUCUGCCAGUCGGCCUCCCGCAGCUGGGUCCUUCAGCAGAUCGAGAACUUCAACAAGUAGAAGG